UGCUGCUGAGCUCGCCGGGUAGUUGCUGAGGCUUUGGAGCCCGGGCACCGUCGCCGUCUCUCCAGGGCAGCUGGUGCCGGUGGGACGCCUAUGCGAGGGGCACACCAUCUCAUCUGGGCUCGGGGAUCAGGCAUCGUCUUCUGCACGAGGGCAGGAGCUUCCGAAGCAGAUGGACUGCCAGCUGCAAGAGGGAACUCGCGUGUGGCUACCGGAGAAGGACUGGCUGCAGCCCUGCACUGUUGAGUCCUGUGCUGAUGGGUGCGUGCUCUUCACUUCAGACUAUGGUGAGACAUUUUGCUACCCAUGGGCCUCUCUGCCCAGGGAGAAGAUUCUGCCAAUGCACCAGUCCAGUGUGGAGGGUGUGGAGGACAUGUCCACGCUGGGGGAUUUGCACGAGGCUGCCAUCUUACUCAAUCUGCAUCAGCGCUAUCACCAGGAUCGGAUCUAUACAAAUAUUGGUUCCAUCUUGGUCUCUGUGAAUCCUUACAAACACAUUGCCAGCCUGUAUGAUGCUGCUACCAUUGACCUGUACCGACAGCACUGCCUGGGUGAACUGCCACCUCAUAUCUUUGCCACAGCCAGUGAAUGCUACAGCUGCCUGUGGAGGCGUCAUGACAGCCAGUGUAUCCUUAUCAGUGGAGAGAGUGGAGCUGGAAAGACAGAGAGCACCAAGUUGCUGCUGAAGUUCCUGUCAGCCAUGAGCCAGACCUCACCAGGUGGUCCUAUGUCAGAGAAGAGCACACAUGUGGAGGAGGCCAUCAUGGAGAGCAGCCCAGUUCUGGAGGCUUUUGGAAAUGCCAAGACUGUCUAUAACAACAACUCAAGCCGCUUUGGCAAAUUCAUCCAGCUGCACUUUUCCCAGCAUGGACACAUCCAAGGAGGAAGAGUCACUGACUAUUUGUUGGAGAAGAACAGAGUUGUUCAUCAGAACCCAGGAGAACGUAAUUAUCAUAUCUUCUAUGCCUUGCUAGCUGGUGUCUCCGGGGAACAGAAAGGUAAAGCGAUCAUGCUUUUGGUCAAGUUUCUGCACGAUCGCCUAUUUAACGACGCCUGUGGGCUUAAAACGCCGCCCCCAGGCCGCCGCUUUUCAGACAGGUGGCGCCACUGCUGGCUGCUGGCAGCAGCCGCGACCUGA